AUGGCUUCCUCGUACUUGCCGUCAGCAUAUCCUGCAACUCAGAGAAGAUCAUCUCAAACUUACUACCUGCCACUCAUUUUCGAGAACCAUUUGACCCUUCCAGAAAUUGGGUUCCUCUCCAUUCUAAUCUUUCUUCUCCAGUUAAGUUCAUUCUAUUUUGAUACAAGAAAUGGUGAUGGAAUUGGAGAUGAUGGAAUGUUGCAUGUUGUAUCAUGGAUGGAUUGUUUAGACCUUGGAGUUCUUGCAGUACUUGCAAAUUCAACUCUGUCUAGCUCAAGCUAUCCAGAACUGGUUUCAUUUCAUUUCUUUAUCCCUGGAGGGGAUGAAGACAAAGUGCCUUUCUAUAAGUUGAAGGUCUUGUUUCCACAUUCAAACCUUGAACUUCACGGGCAGGAAGAGGUUGAAGAAAUUGUGAGGAUUGCCUUUUCUGAUGAACAAUAUGCUAAACCCAGUUAUGAGGAAAUAGUACCGUUUAUCAUAUCAACUGUGCACCAGUUCUUGAGCAAAUUCAUAUACAUUUCAGUGAAUGUAAUUAUGAAGGCUAGAGUUGAAGAACUCAUUGGAGUUGACUUGGAUGAUUAUGCUAUAGCAACUGCCGAAGACUGCUCUCAGAGGUUAAAAAAUAAUGUGAAUUCUGAUGUGUUGGAUGCUAUUCAGAGAUCAGUUUCAAAGCCUUGGGUUUGAGACACGUUAUGCAAAGGAUACUUGUUUGCCAGACUUAAGUGUGCUCGUGAUUAAUGCAAGGAAAUUAGACAAAGAUAUUGUUGAGACCGUCUAAUGGUGGAGCAAAGCUCUGAAUUUGAGAGAGAGGUUUCAUAUUCUCCUCUAAUUGUGAUUUUCUUUUCUUCUAUUAGGAAUCUGACAUGGUACCAGUUGACAAUUUUCUGUUUAUAAGACUAGUGACUCGGAAUAUAAUUCUAUGGGCUUGAUUUUUGGAGCAGUGUGUUUUAACAGUUGGAAAUUGAAUGUUUAUCGAUUUGUUAUUAUUUCAUCAUUUUGCCUAGUGGUUCUUCUUGGUUUGUCAAGGAUAUCACAUCAUCUGAAGUUAACAACAGCAUGAUUAUCUACUACGAUGGGCCCAAGACUAGUUGCAUUGAAUCCAUCAGUGGAACUGCCUUGGAAUACAGUGAUGGCAAUGUCUGGACUCAGUACCUUCCUUCAAUCUCAGAUCGAAUCUUGGGCGGCUAAAAUAGUACCUAUACAACAAUGCAGGGCAUUGGAUGAAUUCGCUGGUGAUGUAUUAUAAGGCACUUGAUAUUGCAAGUCAAAUUAAACAUGAAAAUGCAUAUUUGUUUAGGUAAUUUGAACAUUUACUUAUAUUUUUUCUUUGCUCUGAUGUAAUUGAUAAAUAUCCAUUAUGAAUGGAAAUGUUCUCUGCAGUAAAACCAUUCUUUUGAUUUA